CUGAGCGCGCGGGAUAGGCCAGUGGGCGCGCGGGGCGGGAGGGGGCGGUGCAGGUGCGCGCCGGACACCGGGUCUCGCGCGGCCGAGUUGCGGAGGCGCUGCCGGGAUUCCAUGAUCCCGUUUCUGGUACCGCUCCCGGUGCAGUCGCUGCGUCUUGGAGGCCCUUUGGUGAGGACGUGGAAGUGUCACGGAGUAGAAGCCAAGGACGGUUUUCUGACUUUGCGCCGCCAUGUUGUCUGCCGUCCCAACACCACGCUUGGUGGCCUGUGCGGCUCUGCCGCCCGUGGGGCGCCAUCCCUCCUAAGAGCACGUUCAGCCACCGUUGUCUCUUUUCAGUUGUACUGUGAAAGGGAAGGAUGAGUCCUUACCUUACUCCAGGCCUGACAGACGUAAGCAUCAUUCAGGACACAGAUUACUGUCCCUAAAGGAGGAUGAUCUCAAGUGGCACCAGAAUGAAGUCAUGAGCUUCUGUUCAUCAGAAAGAUCACUCAGAGCGUGGAAGGGCAGCAGGGCAAAAGGCAGCGUGAGUGGGCUUGUCUCCAGAAUGCCUCCUGCCCACCCAGGGCCCUGGCUGUCCACCCGCACGGCAACGACCUCCCUUUCCUCCUGCCCCCAGCGCCAGAUGCUUGUCGUGGUUUUACCACCUAAGCUUCAUUCCCUCCUCUUGUCUUGCUGGACUGAUGGUGAAGAUAGGGCCGAGUACAGCCCAGCCUCUUGGUCUUACUCAUUUGAGAAGAAAAGUGUUCAACAUUCCAACUGCGAGGAGGUUAGCCUGGCGGCCUUUACUGUAGUUGGAGCAGAGGCCAAGCCACACCACAGCUGCGGGGUUGCAGUUCCGUGGUCUCCAUUCCUGUUUGCUGAGAACUCCAGUAGUUCCUCUCCACCAUACCUUAGUUUAAUAAAUAAUUUCUUCAAGCCAGAGAAGCUAACAAAGGAAGGGAUGAGGUUUGAAGAAAAGACAGUGAUGGAAAUAAUGAAGCUGAAUAAGCAAAUAAAGCAAGCUCAAAUCCAACAAGAACCGCUAAUGGAGGAAGCCAGGCAGUUAUACAGCGAGAAGUUCCUUGUCCAGGCUGAAAACAAAUUCUUUCUGGAAUACCUGACCAACAAAACUGAGGAGUGCAGAAGGCAACCUGAGAAGCUGUGGAACCACCAUUUACAAAAAAGUAGGGAAAUUGAGCAAAGCAGAAAAGAAUCAGCCUCCAAAUAUGCGAAACAAACUUCAGUGUUUCAAACAGAGCUCUUGCAGAAGGAAAAGAUCCAAUCCAAUCUGAAGCAGCAGUUGCAAGCAAUGAGGCACAUUUCCCUAUUAAAGGAGGAACAGGAGAGAGAAAUGCAGACAUUACAGGAGGAGAAAAGGCAAGUCCAAGCUGACACGGCUGCCAAGAAGGAGGAAGUCCAGGUUCAGUUCCUCCAGGAAAAAGCAUUACUGGAGAAACAACUGAGUGAGCCAGACAUGAGGCAGUUGGGAAAGAGAGAAAGAAAGGAGCUUAACAGGAAGUCCCAGGCCUUGGAGUUAGCAGCAAAGCAAUGUAAUUUUGAGUUCUGCUGUGGCGUCAACAGAGAGAACCAGCAGUUACAGAAGGAAUUACUACGGCUGAUUCAGCAGUGCCAGGAGUUGCAGACUGCUCAAAGUCAGUUAAAAAAUCAGCAGCAGCAGCUGCAGCAGGAACACUGGUAUGUGGAGUGCUUAAUCCAAGGGAGGGAACUACUGCAAAGAAGGCAUAAUUGGUGCCUGGAAGGACCAGGUGCUCCAAAGACAAUAACCACUUCCCUAGGCACCAAACCAAGGAUUAAUCCAAAGUAAGUCCUAGAAUAACACUGAUUAAAUAAAUAUUGGAGCAAGUUUGUUAGGUGCUGCAUAAACCUGUUGGGAAGGCUUUUGGGUCUGAUUGCUACAGUAAAAUAUCACAUGUUCUUGUGCAGGAUUACAUGGUUCCUAGCAGUACUGCCAGAUGUUUGUGACUGGCUUCCCUUAAUUAGGUUUUUCUUUAAUUAGCUCUUGUAAGACGUUCCUCAAACCGCCAGAUAACCUAUUACCAUUUGCCAAACACUCAUAGAUUAAACUAGCCCAAGAAAACCACCUUGAGGAAGUAAGAGGAAAAUAGUUGUGUGAUUUAUUUCAUUUGGCUGUAUUAGAGUUCUUUAUAGAAAGAGCACCUUGAAUAGCAUUUCAGAUUGACUUUAUGUGCUUUCUGCUGUGUAAACAACCAGUAUGUUUAUCCACUUGCCUCAUCAACUCCCACACACGUAGUCUGAAGCUUUUUAAAUAUGGUUUUCUCAUUAGUGAAAAGGUACUCUAACGCAAGUUCAAUAAGCUCAAAGCAAAAAAAAGUACUAGGCAUAAGGCCUUUCGUCUGAUGCUCAACCCCUCACAAUUUUAGCUGUGAGCAAACUAAGAUAAAGGGGACAUAACAAUAGGCCAAUUUUUACUUUUGAAAAUGUUUUCUUUGAAGAAAAUCUCUGGCAUUAAUGAGGUGACCAAAUGCCUCUGCUUGUUUCAGUAAAAUAUAUCAAAAGAAGUAUUUUUAAAUAUUUGGGCAACUUUAGAGUCUUGUGCCAUCUAUUUCCCUAGCAACAUUUUCAAUUCUAAGACAAGAUUACUUAAAUACAGUAACUUAGUUUUAGGUCAUUUAUUAUAUUUUCUUACUAUAUGUGUACUUAAUAGUAUGAGAUUACAGAAAAUUAAUAUGUGCCAUAUAUUUAUGCCUGUUUAGAGUGGGAGUGGUAUUUUAAGUAAGUAUAGACUUUUCGUGUAGUUUCUUUUUGCACUAAUGACAUAUUGUUGGUUAGAUCCAUGAUUUAAUGCUGAAUCCUAGUAAAAUAAUAUAAACCUUUAUUCUAACAUUGUUCCUCUAUGGGAAAAUAUAAUCAACUUUGUUUUCCAGAAAUUGUCAGUGAUGAAAAAUUUCAAAAUAACUUCCCUGAACUUUGUUUUAUUCAUAUGUAAAAUGAAUUCCUUUAAAAUUAGAUUAAAAGGGAUUAUCCCUCAAUGUGCCUUAACUUCUAGCUUUGAUAAUUUUUCUGUCAAUUGUGUACUUACUAACUUUUUGUUAAAAUAAAAACCUUGGGACUAUAAUUUAUCCACUUUUAUUAUUAUUCCAAUGUGUUUUCUACUCUUAUUACCGUUUCUGCAUCUUAUUGACAUUAGUAUGCACAUCAUAAAACUGAAGUUUUAAUGCAAAAAGUAGAACUUUAGAUACCAUGCAGGUACCUUAACUUGAAUUUUUUGUGAGUUUCAAAAAUACAGAAGGAAUUAACUUGAGAAAUACAGUAUCCAAGACAAAUUUAAAGCCCUAUUCUCUGGAUGCAAAAACCAUGAAAAGAUGUACACCUAAGGCUGAAAAGGAGUUGGAAAGUCGGAGAGAUCUACAGCAUUAUUUUGCUGUUAAUUACCCCCCUGGCCAUUGCUGUCUCAAUUAUCUAAUUCAGGAGUGGGUAAGUUCCAUCUUGUCUCGGUUUAUUUUUAAUUCCUGUCAUCCCAGAUAAUGGAUCUGGUGUACUGCUUGUGGCUGCCCCUUUCAGAGUGAGGCAUCUGAGGGCUUGAGACUUUAAAGGGUAAAUAAAUCACCUGACAAAGGUACUUUGAAAUCCAUGUCUGCAAGUGCACUGAAGUUUGACCAACCAAGAUCUCAAUCUACUUCUGUUUUGCUAUGAAGAUUAAACAGAGUAAUGUUACAGCAAGUGUGUUUAGAUGGAAAAGACCUCUGACGUUAAACUUAGAAUUUAAAUGAUAAAAUGAG